GUUAACAAGACUCACAUGCUUUCUUUCUAGGCUCCAUAUGUACCUGAAUCAAUUGUGCUUAACUUCUCACACCCAAAAUCUAAAGCAAAAGACAUUGUUACCUCUUAACCCUUGACCCUUUUUCAACUUUGUUAAGAAUGGCUUCAACACUCAAUAAAACAGUUCCUAUUACCCUGUUCAUGCUUUUGGUGACAUGCUCAUUUCAAGCCAUGCCCCGUGUAAUGAACGAAGAAACCAUCGUUCAGAAACACAAGUUGUGGAGGGCUCAGCACGGACGUACUUAUGUGAAUGAAGCAGAGGAGGAGAAACGUUUUAAGAUAUUGAAGGACAACCUUGAAUACAUUGAAAACUUCAACUCCUUAGGGAACCAAACCUAUGAGUUAAGCCUAAAUAAAUUUGCAGACUUAACUAAUGAAGAAUUUGUAGCCUUAUACACUGGAUAUAAGGAGCCUCCCCAUACAGGAUCAUCAAAGGAAAACAUAGUUUUCCUGUACGAGAAACUGACAGAAGUCCCAUCUAGCAUGGACUGGAUACAAGCAGGAGCAGUCACAAGUGUUAAAGAGCAGGGCAUUUGCGGUUCCUGCUGGGCAUUUUCUGCUGUAGCUGCUGUGGAAGGAAUCAUUCAGAUUAAGACAGGUAACUUGAUCUCACUGUCUGAACAACAGCUGGUAGAUUGUGACAUAAUGAGUACUGGCUGUAGAGGCGGCUGGAUGGAAAAUGCAUUUCACUACAUUAUACAAAAUCCAGGGAUUACUACCGAAGCAAAUUACCCGUACAAGGGAAAGGAUGGAAAAUGCAAUCUUAAGAAAGCAGCUAUGUCAAAUGUCACAAUACAUGGGUAUGUAGAUGUUCCUGCAAACAAUGAGAAGGCGCUGCUAAAGGCUGCUAGCAAGCAGCCUAUCUCGGUUUAUGUUCAUGCAACAAGCAAAGGCUUUCAGUUCUACUCAAAUGGAAUUUUCAGUGGAAAAUGUGGGACUGAUCUUAAUCAUGGUGUUACUAUAGUUGGGUAUGGGACAGCUAAAGAUGGUACUAAAUACUGGCUAGUGAAGAACUCGUGGAGCAAGGACUGGGGUGAGAAAGGUUACAUGAGGAUCAAGAGAGAUGUUGAUGCUCCGGAAGGUCUUUGCGGUAUCGCCAAAAAGGCUUCUUAUCCUAUUGCAUGAAAGGCUAGCUAGUUUCACCAAAGCAUUGAUAUCUCCACAUAUACUUCAUGAUCACUACUACUUAUUUUGAAUAUGUACUACGUCCUUUCUGUUUCCUAUUAUGCUUGCUCUUGUAUAAGUAAAAUUCCAGUGAGCCCUUAAUAAUAUGUUGACAUCAAC